CGCAAAAGCGAGCCUCGCGCUUAAUUCCCAGCAGCCCGUGCCAAAGAUAGGGUAACAAAUCAGGAAUUUCCUCCUGCCACUCCUGCGGAGGCGAGCGAGAAUCUGCAGUGGGAGGAAAAAGGGAAGAAAAAAAAAAACAACCUAGUAACAGCUUCUUCUAAGUUCCAUUUCCGCCCUUAAAAAUGCGACUCUUGGUGCUGCAAAGUUUUCAUAUGUCGGAUACAUUUUUAUCCACGAAAUUAUCCCAAAGACUGUGAAACCUGUGGAAAAUCCAAAGAAUCACUUUUAAUUGUUGGCCAAUCAUUUUUUACAUCUAAGAUGCGCUUUGUUUUUUGUCUUUUUUCAUUUGUGCAACUGCAUACGCAAGACGGUCCUCUCGCUCUCUUUUUUUUUAAAUUUAUUUAUUUAUUUAUUUAUCUAUUUAUUUGCAAGAUGGCUUCGUUUCGGUAAAAUAGGGGAAGAAAGCGCCUCGCAGAAAGAGGCUUGUCGUGUACAAGUUGGGAUUUUGUAACUUUUUUCCACCCUUCUUCUCCACCUAGAUUGGUGUCGCUGUACCAUCCAGCAUUUUUGGGACGUGGAUUUUCUUUUUUUUUCUCAGCUUUGCACACUUUUCCACGAUCUGGAUGUUCUCCUCCUUUGGAUAAAGCUGCAUCUGAGCGCUUUUACAGCUUUAUGAAAACAUCUGUACAGCGCCGAGGGACAGACGCAUAUUUGUGGAACAAAGAGCAGAAGAGGGAGGAGGAGAAGAAUAAGAAGAUCAGAGGGAAACUUCUCGCUGGUGAGAAGGGAGGAAUGCCCGACAAAAGGACCGCCUGGAAGGAUGCUGCUUCUUCUUGUAACAUGGAAUUAAAGAGCGCUUUGCUUUCUUUUGCGCUCAUGCUCCUGCUUCUCUGUCCCACUUUGUGCCAAGAGCUGAACCCGAAAGGCAGGAAUGUGUGCAAAGUUCCCGGGUCAACCGGCUUUGAGUGCUGUAGUGGGUGGAGCCAGCAGGGUGACGAAUGCAUAACACCUGUUUGUGAAGGCAAUUUCACCUGCAAGGAGAAUGAGGUGUGUGUCAGACCAAACGAAUGUCGCUGUCGCCAUGGAUAUUUUGGAGCCAGUUGCGACACUAAAUGUCCAGCCCAGUUCUGGGGUCCUGACUGCAAAGGGAAGUGCAGCUGCUACCCCAAUGGACAGUGCGAUGAUGUGACAGGGAAGUGCACCUGCAACCCCAACCGCUGGGGGCACAACUGCGAAAAUGCCUGUGUGUGUCAGAAGGGCAAGUGCAACCAGGAAACGGGCAAGUGCACAUGCCAUGCCGGCUUCUGGGGCCCACAGUGCUCCAGCAAUUGCUACUGCAGCGUGAACUCGGUGUGCGAGCAGGCCACAGGCCGGUGUCUCUGCAACCCAGGCUGGUAUGGCCGCAACUGUGGUGCCCAGUGCAAUUGCAACAACUCACCAUGUGAGCAGUUCACUGGGCGCUGCCAGUGCCGUGAGCGCCUUUGGGGUCCCAACUGCGAGCGCUACUGCCAGUGCGUGCAUGGAAAGUGUAACCAGGUGGAUGGGUCCUGCACCUGCUCGCCUGGCUACCGGGGCAAGUUCUGCCGGGAGCCCUGCCCCGCAGGAUUCUACGGACAGAACUGUAGGAACAGGUGUGGCCACUGCAAGGGCCAGCAGCCCUGCAAGGUGACAGAAGGCCGCUGCGUAACAUGUGAGCGUGGCUGGAAUGGCACAAAGUGUGACCAGAUGUGCAAACCAGGUUUCUUUGGUGAGAACUGCAAGGAGGUGUGCCCGCUGUGCAAGGACGGACACUACUGCAACCGUAUUGAUGGCAAAUGCUCCCACUGCAACCCCGGCUGGAUUGGGGACCGGUGUGAGAUUAGAUGUCCAAAUGGAACAUAUGGUGAGAACUGUGAGAAGGACUGUGGUCACUGCUCCAAUGGGGACUGCCACUUUGAGACUGGAGAUUGUCUCUGUGACCCAGGCUUCCAUGGGACAUUCUGUAAUUUGACCUGCGAGUCUGGUCAGUAUGGAGUGAACUGUGCACAAACCUGUUCCUGCCACGACAACAACUGCAAUCCCAUCUCUGGAGCCUGCAACCUGUUGCCAAACCAACGGAUGGGUGUGAUUGCCGCGGGGUCGCUGGUCUCCUUCCUUCUUCUCGUCCUUCUCUCCCUCUUGUGCUGCUGCUUCUUUUGCAAAAAGAGGGAGGUCAGCAACCCUGACCGCGAAACCUCCACUAGCAGUAAAAAAGCAAAAAGGCUCCUCUGUGGACGCUUUAGCCGAAUCAGCACCAAGCUCCCCAGGAUACCGCUGAGACGACAGAAGCUGCCCAAAGUUGUCGUGGCUCACCAUGACCCUGAGAACACGUUCAACUGCAGCUUCAUUGAACCCCCCUCUGUGGUGGAACAACCCUCCCCAUCUUGGUCAUCCAGAGGGUCCUUUUCUUCCUUUGAAACCAGUGAUGAUGGCCCUGUUUACUGCAUACCCCAUGAAGACUCUGUGGCAGAGAAUAAGGACAAGGGUAAUUGCCCUGUGGCAGAAAAGGCAGCAUCAACAAAUGAGGAUGCUGGGGAGUAUACACUGCUGAAAGACUUGGGUUCCUCCAAGCAGUCCACAGUAGACAAUGGAGAAACACCAUUGCUUAAGUCCUCUGACAGUGAAGGGUCCAGUACUGGCUCAGAACCCACCAGCGGAGCCCUUUAUGCCCGUGUCGCACGUCUCUCAAAGCAGUCCAAGGAUGAGGAGGACCAACGUGGUGUGGAGACGAACACCGAGGGGAAGGCCUCGUCCCCAGAAAGAACAAAGCCACGCCCACCAGACCCUUCUACUAAGCCUAAAAUCUCAUGGAUCCAUAGCACGUCAGGCGCUGGACAGGCUGAGAAGGGCCAGUCACUGGCAACUCCAAAGGAGAAGAAGAGGACCUCCAGUGAGCCCUCUGGGAAGGGCGAGGAGAGGCAAAGGAUGAAGGAAAAAACCGGCAAGCACAGGGAACCAAGGCACCCAGAGCUCAAGGAACCAGUGGAGGGGAGUCAGUCCCCCAGCAAGCAGAAGGCCCAUAGGAGCCUCCCAGGACAGGAACAGAUUGAGCAUAUUAAUGGGGCUGUGCAGAAUGCCCUGAAGAAAAUUGGGAACUUCCACCUGGACAGGAAGGGUGCAGAGAUCAAGGAGACUCCUUGGAGCCCAGGCAAGGCGUGCUCUGAGGUUGUCCACCCACAUAUGAGCUCAGAGGCAGCUACUCUUCUGGCAGCCCAGUUGAAGGAGAAAACACAGAGCAUCAGCAGGAAUGAGGGCAAUGUAAAACCUAACGGCCUGUCCAUCCCACAGGCCCAGCGAGAGAAGCCGGCCCCACCCCAGAAGGCUAAGCGCUCUUCAGCUGGGCUGAACCAGAGUCCUUGCAAACCCCUGCUCCCUGCCACCAGUAGCCUGCAGAAGAUGGUGGCCCCUGUCUCAGAUGCAUUGCCUCUGGAGUCAAAAAGCCCGGAGAAACCAGACUCCAAUUGUUCCAGGGCCAGUGAAGCAGGAGACCUUACGCCGAAGAAGACCCCCAUCAAAAAGCCCCCCAGAAAGAAAGGAAAGGAAGGAACUUUGGAUAUAGAAACUAAGACCGUUCCGAAGACAGCUAUAAUGCCACCUCAGAUGGUGAAAUAGGCUGUUUUUCUUUUUUUCUCUAAAACUUUCCACAUUGUCAUUUUCUUUUUCAGAUACUUGGGGAAAUUCUGGCAAUAAAGCAAAUAUAAUUGUGGGUUUCCAAUGUAAAGGAUCUAAAUAUAUUUUUGCUUUUUCUGUUCUCUGGGCGAACAAAGGAAACAGACUACAGACAUGGCUCCCAGCUUUUCUGAAACCAGACAAUGUAUUAUUAUUACAAAGAAUUAUAAAUCAUUCAGUAUUACUUGGAGUUACAGUGUUUUUACAUUUUUCAACUUUUUUACACAAUACAGUAAUUUUUUUGUUAUCAUGAGCAACACAGGAUAUUCAUUUAAGAGUGCCAAGUUGUAAGCUGAAUUCUGACAGUAGCUGACAACCUACGUUUGUUUCAAAUUGUAAGCCUUUUUAUUUUGGUAUAUCCCAGGUUUUUGUUUUAUUAUUUAUGAUUAUAUAUAAUACAUGUAUAUGUAUUAUAAAUUAAUAUUAAUAGUAGAACUUUGGCAUUUACUAUGUGUACAGACAAUCCUAUACUUAUGACGUAUGCAGUAUCAACUCAAAACUACAACAAAAUUCUCAUAAGCCCGAUUUAUAUUUAUCAGUGACAGCUAGGUGUAAGGACUUAUGAACAUUUGAUGAGCAUGUGAUACGAUUACAGUUCUCCAUGGCCAGAGUGGCGUGUCUGUUUUAGGUGAAAUCACUCAUUGCUUCCAUUUACGCUUGGCCUUAUCAGUCAUUUUUUGGAAAUUUGGUGCUUUUAGUAUGAAAAGAUAGAACAAGUACUAACUUAUGUUAACUUAUCAUUAAUGUUGGUGCCAUGCUAAGUUGUGUAUUUCAAUACAUAAUACGGGCAUUGUCAUUUAAAACAAGAUUCCCUCAUAAGUCCAGGAAUGUCUGUAUAUAUAUGUGAAGUAUGUGAAUUUCAUACAACAGUAGUAAUAUAUGCUAGAAAAGAAAACAAACAGCUUGUAUUUUAAGAAUGAAAGGUACUAAAAUGUAAUUGACACACUCUAGGCUAUUCAUAUUACAAAAACCAAAGAAUUUGUAUUUCCACAUAUUU